AGCCGCUUCAAAGAGUUGACGUCGGGGGGACCUAUCAGGUGACUACAAGAGCCCUAGCCCUAAUCAUGUGACCAGACAGCAGCCAUCAGCAGCGCGACGACUUCAAUUGCUCCCCUCCCACGACACACACAAUUCAUCAUCCGACGAUGGGCACAGGGAGAUCGGUUCAACGCAAGCAGCCCCGCUGUAAUGAUGAGAGGCAAAGAAACAUGUGACUCCUGCUCCAAACUCAGGGUCAAAUGCCACUGGGAAAGCACGGAUAUCAGCCUGCGGUGUCGCCGAUGUAGCGAGUACGGCCUGGAUUGCGUCUUCAAUGGGAUUCCCUGGACAUCCAGCUCGACGAGCAUCUUCCAGAGCUCGGCGCCAGAUACCAGCACGCGGAGUAUCUACUGGGGUCCUUCUUCCAAUGCGGGCGGGCAUCCGUUGGAUCUGCAUUCUUCACGGGCGCCGCUGUCCACGCCAGAUGUGACGACAUCAAACCAGAUGGUCCCGUCUUUGAACCCGAGUUUCACGGACAGCUCCACUGCGAAAGGAACUAUUCGUCUGGACAUCAGCCCCCGAGUGAGAGACCAUCUGUUCGGCAUCUUCUUCGAAUCCAUUCAGCCGGCGUGGCCGGUGGUUACAAAGGACAGUCUGGUGCGGUAUCCGCCCACUGUGCUUCUCGAGGCGGCAAUCCUCGGCGUAGCAGCCAGACAUCACACGGCGAUUGCCUCGUGGCGAGACUUUGCACACUUGCAGGAUGUGAUUGACAGCGAGGUGCGAGCCUUGUUUGGCCUUCGGUGUGCCUAUGAACCGUCUAUUCAGACACUACAAGCGCUGCUCCUUCUGUCUCUUCGCGUCGAGCUUUGCUCUAGGAGCCACCGAGAUUUCCAGCGAUUUUCCUUCCGGGUCUCGUUUGCAUGCAGGAUGGCUCAAGACUUGAAAUGUCACUUACCGGAGUCGACAGGUAACGGUGGCCCGGAAGAAGCUCUACGGAAGACGCUGUGGGCGGCGUGCAUCUUCAUGGACUCCUACUUCUCCGCGGUGUUGGGCCAGGAUAUGAACAUCAGCAGAGCGCAUGAUGACGACUUUUCCCUAUCGCGAGGGCCAGCGCAACCUGGUUUCUUCCGCACUGCUGUCGGGUUCAUGGCGUGUCUACGCCCUGUGCUGCGGAUGGGAUAUUCGGUCCUCCCUCACAGGGACAGCACGCUUUACCAGGAAGCGACUGCGAAUCUAAGCACCAUUCAGUGGCACCAGCAGUACCUAGAGACGCACAAGGGAGCCUAUAGCGAGUACGAAUUCAGAUUCCUGCAGAUGAUGCAUUCCAACACCCAUUUACUGUUCAUCUUGGGGCUGCGUCUGGCCACCACACCAGGGGACCCCUAUCAGGACAAAAUCCAGGCGAUAGUCGGCAGCCAAACAAGCUGGGUGGUUAUCCAGGCGUGCCAGACGCUCGAGUGGUCGACACCCGAACUGAUGCACUCCAUCCCCGGCCAGUUGCUUGUGACGCUGUACAGCACCACGCGCGCGCUGAUGGUCGUGGUGGACGUGUUGCGCGACAGGAACUGCGAGACAGCCUUCUCGGAGUCGGUGGUGCGAUGUCUGCGCGGGGCGGUCGUCAGCGCGAGGGCAUUCAUGGAGUUCCUCGCCUUGGACAAGACGUGGGGGAAACACUGGACACAGACACAUACGCUCAAGGCGGUCUUUGCAAGACUCGACUGCGACUCGCCGGUGGACGAAACCGUGCCCUUGCUGUCGUCUUUGCCCGGUAUGGAACCGCCAUCUCUCGAGACAGCCACGGCAGAGAGAGAUGCCUAUGAGUAUGUCGACUGGGACGGCUUCGAAGGCGAUUUCAGCAACGUGAUUCUCAACCCGGCGGAUUGGGAGGAUUUCUUCGCACAGUACGAUCAGGGUUUGAACCUUUCUCUACCUGAAUACCAGUCUUGAGCCCACAGAAAAAGAAAGUAUCUAUACAUUUCAAGAAACAAGUCUUUAGUUAUACAUGGGGAACGAUGGCCUCCUUCUCUUCCCCAACAUGCUCGAUUUGAUCGACAUCCACCUCCGUCUUCGCCAUAUCCGGCUGCACACCCUGGCAGACGUACGUGGGGAAAUCUUUGAUGGAAACACCCUGUACAGUUA